AUGGAUGUGGGAAACUGGACGUCCGUCUCUGAGUUUGUGCUCCUGGGACUCUCCGAACAGCAGGACCUGCUGAUCAUCGUGGUGCUCCUGGUCACCUAUUUAGUGAACCUGGCAGGCAACUCCCUGCUGCUGGGGCUGGUGGUGACUGACCCCGAGCUCUGCAGCCCCAUGUAUUUUCUCCUCAGCCACCUGGCAGUGGUGGACAUGAGCUUCGCUUCCAUCUCCCUGCCCCACUCCCUGGUACACGCCCUGACCCAGCACCGGGCCGUCUCCUUCACCAGCUGCAUGGCCCAGCUCUUCAUGUUCUUCUCUGUGGGCAACAUGGAGAACUACCUGCUGGCUGCCAUGGCCUACGACCGCUACGUGGCCGUCUGCGACCCGCUGCGCUACGCCGCCGUGGUGACACGGUCCCUGUGCCUCAAGAUGGUGGCUGCUUCAUGGGCCGUGGUGAUUGCACACGCCCUGCUGCACACUGUCAUGGCUGCCAAUCUGCGCUACUGCAGCAAUCGCCUGCAGCAUUUCUUCUGUGACAUACGGCCCCUCCUGCUCCUCUCCUGCGCCCGGCCUUGUGACAUGCGGCCCCUCCUGCUCCUCUCUUGUGCCCGGCCCAUCACCACUGAGAUGGUGACCUACACUGUGGGUUUCUCGGUGUGGCUGAGCCCUUUCGCCUUCAUCCUGGCCUCCUAUGUCCGCAUUGGGGUUGCUGUGGCCCGUCUGCGCUCUGCCCAAGGCUUGAGCAAGGCCCUCUCCACCUGCGGCUCCCACCUGACCAUGGUGUUGCUCACAUUCAGCAUCGUGAUGUGGCUCUAUUUCCACUAA